UCCUCCAAUUCCCAGCAGCAGCAGCUCAGCAGAGCUCCUGUGAUUUUUGCUUUGAUUCACUGCAGAAACCUUGGAUCUGUACAGGACUCUAUCCUUGUUGUCUGUUUGUUUGUUUUAAGGAUUUUUCUUGUCCACUGCAACAUGGAAACAACUACUGGGGAAUAUGUUGAUAACUAUGAGUAUUAUGAUGACAAUGAGACUGCCUGCGACUUCUCAGAGUGGGAGCCCUCUUACUCCCUCAUCCCGGUCCUCUACAUGCUCAUCUUCAUCCUGGGCCUGUCAGGUAACGGCGUGGUCAUCUUCACUGUCUGGAGAUCCAAAUCGAAACGUCGGGCUGCUGAUGUCUACAUAGGAAACCUGGCCCUUGCUGACCUCACCUUUGUUGUAACCCUACCCCUCUGGGCUGUGUACACGGCGCUGGGCUACCACUGGCCCUUCGGCGUGGCUCUGUGCAAGAUCAGCAGCUAUGUUGUUCUGGUCAACAUGUAUGCCAGUGUUUUCUGCCUCACCUGCCUGAGCUUUGACCGCUACCUGGCCAUCGUGCACUCUCUGUCCAGCAGCAGGCUGCGCUCACGGGGCACCAUGCUGGCGUCCUUGGGUGCUAUUUGGCUCCUGUCCGGCCUGCUGGCUGUGCCCACUCUGCUCUUCCGCACCACUGUGAACGACCAAAACAGCAAUCGGACCACAUGCGCCAUGGACUUCAGCCUAGUGACCCUGAACCAAAGGCACGAGCACCUCUGGAUUGCAGGUCUCAGCUUGUCCUCCUCUGCCUUGGGUUUUCUUCUACCUUUCCUGGCCAUGACCAUCUUUUACUGCUUCAUCGGCUGCACAGUCACACGUCACUUCAACAACCUGCGCAAGGAGGACCAGAAGAAGAAGAGGCUUUUGAAGAUCAUCACCACACUGGUAGUGGUUUUUGCCAUCUGCUGGACCCCCUUCCACGUGCUGAAGAGCAUGGACGCCCUCUCCUACCUGAACCUGGCUCCGAGCUCCUGCGGCUUCCUGCGCUUCCUGCUGCUGGCUCACCCCUACGCUACCUGCUUGGCCUACGUCAACAGCUGCCUCAACCCGUUCUUGUACGCCUUCUUUGACCUGCGCUUUCGUUCCCAGUGUCUCUGCCUGCUCAACCUGAAGAAGGCUAUGCAUGGCCAGAUGAGCUCCAUGUCGUCCACACUCAGUGCCCAGACUCAGAAGUCAGAGAUUCAGUCUCUGGCCACAAAGGUGUAGAGGGUAAAAGGAAAGGUGGAGCGGUGCUGCGGGACGGUGCCAGCUGCCACCACUGGAACACUUGUAAAAAUACAGACUUUACGUGUCCAUUGUUCAAAGCUGGUAAGAUGAGAUGAUGAACUUUGAAUUGUCACUGCUCACAGUCAUGACAUCCAUUACAUGUUCCUCCUGUUCUACAGUGGGUGGCGUCGAUGCUCUGUUUGUUGUGUGGACUUGGGAAGCUGGAGCCAGCUGGCUGAGCUCCUUAGCUGCUUUGUUCCUCAAAUUCUCAGAGAAAAAGUCUAUUUUAUUUCUUUUUUCUUUUGUCCUGCUCUGCAAAAGUUCUCAUUUGUGUCACAAAAGGGGGCAGAAUUCUGAUCUUAAAAUCACAUGCCGAUUUUAGGAAGUGUGUAUCGAUUUGCAUGGAAUCUGUUUACACUGGAAGAACCAUAAAGCUGUACAGUAUUUUCAUACCAUAGCAAAUUUUUUUUUUUCAGAACUAUUGCUGUUUUGUUUUAGAAGCACUUGUUUAAAAAAAUGUGCGAGCAGGGAAAUCAAUCAGAGCAGUGUCCUCUUACAAGCUUUUUGUUUGUGAAGGUAGAAGU